AUUCAUGAUAACAAAUUGUGUAUAUCUGUUCCUCUGAGGAAGUUACUGAAAAUAUUAUGUUUUUGGAAGAACUAUUACUGGGGAUCUGUUUCUUAUGUUUGUUCUGUUUUCAUGACAAACAACUGGUUUGACAAAGGGUUUCCUCACAGGUCCUAGCCCUAGUCAUUCACUGCUUCAAUCCUAUCUAUGAAUCACACUCAUAAAAAAUAGUAGCUUCACAUCCUUUCCUUCUUUAAUCCUCACUUUCUGCCACCGCCUCUGAACAGUUAAAAAGGCCAUCCAACUAUAAAUAUCCGACAAGAAACGCUCGUGAGAUCCUCGAGGCCUCUGAAAUUUUGCUGCAAAUGUGCGACCCCGACCGUAGCCAGCCCUCAGCGCAGUCAAACCAGCGGGUUCCUGCAGCUGGCUCCGAACGUAAUGCUACUCGAGGAACAAACACUGCAGUGAACGAUACCACUAGUGGUAAUAUACGGGCCAAUACUCGAGCGCCUAUCCAGAUGACCACGAUGCCCAAUGCAAACCAACGUCGUGCUCGGCCAGCUGUGGUUGGACAGCAAGGUUCUCAUAAUCGAGUGCAAUCAGCCCCUACGAAUCGACUUCGAACUCAGCAACCAAGUAGUGGUCGGGCUAUGCCUAUACAGCCUCCUUCGAACCAUGGCCAAGCAGCUCCUGCGUCGAAUACGAAUCAGAAUGCGUUUAAGCCGGCUGCGCCCGAGCAGAGGCUUGUCCCCGUGAACGCAAACCAAUCCUUGCAGGCGUACCUCAUCCAUCAACAGCGCAUAGCUGGUAUAGCGCCACAAGAUAUGAUUACCAUGCCAGACCAGCAGCAAAACACCAAGUCGCAGCCAGGUGCGCAGUCAGGAGGCCAGAGUAACACUCCUUCUUUGGUACAAUUCUCACGCGAAGGCUCUGUUGUGUUUCCUCAAGUGGCUCCCGCGAGGUUUGAUGGUGUUCUUCUGCCGCCUCCCUCGUCGACGGCUCGGACACCUCAAUCUCUUAGAUCUGGGACGACGAGUGAUCCUGCCAAUUACGCUACUGGAAGGGUAGUCCAGUCAAUGAACGAAAACAUCGGUGCGCAGGGCUAUUUGUGUAAUGAAUCUAUCGGCCAGCAGGACUACCCGCUGUCUUCAAAUCAGCUGCCUCGGCUGCGGAAUCUGAACACCACUUCUGCGAAUAGACCCAGGGACCGGACUGCAUCUCAGAGCACCAGAGUUCGCCGUCACUUCAGCCCACAUUUGGACUUUCCUGGCGUGUUGACCUCAUUCCCACAGCUGCUGACUAGGGUUAUCGAUUCGCUUGAAGUGGACGAUUUCCUCAACCUGUAUGCGGCUUCCAAACGCUUCUACUCCUACAUGAAAGCGAACCCUGAAGCAACCAUAAUGCGCUUCGCGUUUAAACGCUUUGGCGACACUGCUCAAACUUUUUCUCAUCCAUGCUACCAGAAGCUCACCGUUUACAGUCGCGGCCCCAGACCUGAAAACAUCCCCGGGCAAGUGUUGGAGAUGCGCCCGUCGCCGAGAUGGCUCAAGAUGCUUGACUCCAGAGAAAAAGUUGUCAAGGACAUCAUGGACCUCUUCGACCAGAGUGGAUACACCCUUACCUCUCGAUGCGUGGGAGUGCUGAAGAAAAUAUGGUUCCUCAUGGACAUCCCCGACAACCGCCGUCGCACCUUCGCAGUUCAGAACAAAUACCUCUGGUCGGACAAUGAAGUUUUCUACGCAGUGUUUAUCUUCGCUCAGAUCGAAUCGCGCUUCACCCAUAACGUAUCCGGAACCCCACGCUCAGGUUUCCGACGCCUCCUCCUGGGUCAGAAAAGCUUAACCCUGCUGCGCGACGCAUUGAAAGGCACAGCCCUCCGCACGAACUACGAAGUCUUAAGGGAGUUUAUCCGGUGGAAGUAUAUUCCCACACCUGACGAGGCUGACAUGUUCCUUUUCGGUGUCCCCGCUGGCGAGCACGGUCUGCUUCAGCACGAGUACUACGGCCGUACUGCGAAUCAAGAGAAACUCCAGCGACCUGACGAUCUCUUGUUGAGAGAAAUGGCCCGGCGUCAGUUGGAUAUGGGGUCUAUCUUGAGCCCGAGACUUCGUUUCUUCAGCUGAUUCUUUAUGAGGCGAAGAAGAACAGCGAUGAGCCGUCGAACUGGUGGAAGGAUGCGGUGGUCGAUAACUCCUGUGGGGAGUCUGUCUGAUUCUCUUCGUUUUGCUUGCUUUCUUGUGAGUUGCGCUGGGUUGGUUGAGUUCAAGAAUAUCUUCCCUAUUGAUAUAUUUAUUCAUCAUGUACUUAGCAGGUUUAAUGAUAAAUGGAAGACAAUCUAUAAUCA